AUGUGGGCCUUGUUUCUUUUUACGGCAACCAUCGAGGCCCUCCACUAUCCAGCGGAGUUCACCAUGCAAGUCAUGAACUACCCAAAUAUCGUCACCCAGCGGGAGAAAUGUCUCCCGGGACGCGGUCUUAACCAGCUGCAAAAGACGCUGGUUUGUGAUCCACGGGAAAUUCUGACUCCUGAUGAAGUGAAGCUACUGAACCGACAGCUCCUGGACUUGCAAGCUUCCCUUAACAGCGAUAAGAAGGCCUGUGACGAGGCGUACCCGCGCCCUACAAUCGCCGUCGCUCUGGAGAGGCGCAUGCAGCUUGGGUAA